AUGAGAGAGCCAAAAGACAGGUGGCACCUUGUCUAUGCCAUUGUCGUGCUGCAAGGCCUGGCCAGCGCUGUGCCCUGGAACGUGUAUGUUACGGAGUCAGAGUACUUUGGCCUGCGAGUCCAUGUUCCACCCUUUUCGCGUGUCCUGGCCGACAAUUUUGAGAAUGUCAACCUCGUCACAUCACAGGCUGCGAACCUUCUGGGCUUUCUCAUAUAUGUCCCCUGCCAGCACUGGAUGUCAAUGGAUGCCCAGGUCCUGCACCCUCAGGUGUUGACACUACUGGUGAUGAUUGGGGGCUGCGCUGUCUGCCUGGCCCUGCAGCUGGGAGGGAACACCGUCGCAUUCAUCACUUUGGCAAGCCAAGGUAUGUCGCUGGGCAUCGGUCUGUCUGGUGUAGGUGUUGCCUCCAUUUCAUUCCUCACCCUCUGGUGGUCCCACCCCUCGAUGAAGCAUGCCAAGACUCCGGAAGAAAUCGCGCCAGAGGCCUUUUCUUACUUCCUGCUUUCGUCGCUCAUCAUCGCGGCUGCUGUUGUCACCUACUUCAUCUUCUUCAGAAUGCCCUUUGUCAGGCAUCACCGCCAGCCAGAAGUGGUCGCGGAGUGGGACUGGCGUGACUCAGAAGAGGGAACGCUGAAGGAGCCCCUGAUUGGCGCCCUGCCGGCUGGUUCCGGGCCAUCUGACUCAGCGCAUGACCUGGAGCGGCUCCUGCGCUCCUCUAAGGCCGGUUCUGUGGCAAAGGCGCCGCUGUAUGGGCGGCUGUCAAGAGGGGUCAGCAUGCGGGAUGUGUCUGAGCUCAGUCUGCGCGAGGUUCUGCAGCGGAUGAUGGGCUACAAUGUGGUCUGUAUCCUGGUCCUCCUCGUCACCAGCGCAGCCUUUCCAGGGGUGACCAGUGCCAUGUGCUCCCGGUGGAACAAGGCAGACAUUGCCCCCUGUGAAUCCUACUCCUCUAAAGGCCGCUUCUUUGGCGACCUCUUCGUCCCGUUCAUCUUCUUAGUGUUCAAUGCUGGGGACUUUGUGGGGAGAUUAGCAGCUGGGCUGGAGCCUUGGAGAUCCCAGGCGCCCCCCAUGGCCUUCCUGAUAGUCUACUCUGCAGCCCGAGCGCUGAUAGUGGGUGGCCUGGUGCUGUGCAAUGUGGUCACUGCUGCCCCCUGGCAGCUGCCAGUCCUGCUCAAGUCGGACGCGUGGCCCAUAGGGCUGACGCUGCUGCUGGGACUGACAAACGGUCAUUUGACAUCUCUGGCCAUGAUGCAUGCGCCAGCCACUCUGCCACGGGGAUUUGCGAGGGACCGCUGCGGGCCCAUCUUGAACCUGGCCCUCACAAUUGGGUGCACGCUCGGCAGCGUAAUAGCAUUUGCCAUCACCUAUUUCUUCCAGGCGGGCAGCUGA